GUCUGGGCUCGGCCCCCGGCGCGGCGGAGUAGUCGCGGCCGCCCCGUCCAGAGGGCACCAGCGCCGCCCGCCUCCGCCAGCCAGCCAGCCAGCCAGCCGCGCAGCCCCAGUCCCAGCCCCGGCUCGCCGUCCGCCUCCCGUUCCGCGUCUCUCUCCCGGGCGAUCUCGGCGGGGCCGCGAUGGAAGAGGAGCGGGCGGGCGAGCAGAUGAGACCGUUGCUCACCACGGGUCAUGAUGAAGAAGCUGUUGUGGAUAUGGGCAAAAUCAGCUCUACUAUCAAUACAAACUUCGAGAAAGAAGAACUAGAGAGCCACAGAGCUGUGUAUAUUGGAGUUCACGUCCCCUUUGGAAAGCAAGGCCGUCGACGGCAUAGACAUCGUGGUCACAGGCAUCACAGAAGAAAAAAAGAAAAAGAAACUGACAGAGAGGAUGGCCGAGAAUCUCCAUCGUAUGACACGCCAUCCCAACGAGUGCAGUUUAUUUUGGGUACUGAAGAUGAUGAUGAACACAUUCCCCAUGAUCUCUUCACUGAAAUGGAUGAACUUUGCUUCAGGGAUGGAGAAGAAUAUGAAUGGAAAGAAACAGCUAGGUGGCUGAAAUUUGAAGAGGAUGUUGAAGAUGGUGGUGAUCGAUGGAGCAAGCCUUACGUAGCAACUCUGUCUCUGCACAGUCUCUUUGAACUGCGAAGCUGUAUACUUAAUGGGACCGUCAUGUUGGACAUGAGAGCAAACACACUAGAUGAGAUAGCAGAUAUGGUUUUGGACAACAUGAUUGCCUCUGGCCAGCUGGAUGAAUCCAUAAGAGAGAAUGUGAGAGAGGCUCUUCUAAAAAGGCACCAUCAUCAGAAUGAGAAAAAAUUCAGCAAUCGGAUUCCCCUGGUUCGGUCUUUUGCAGAUAUAGGCAAGAAACAUUCUGACCCUCACUUGCUUGAACGAAAUGGGGAAGGCCUUUCAGCCUCCCGCCACUCUUUGCGAACAGGUCUCUCCGCCUCAAAUAUUUCCCUGAGAGGAGAAAACCGUUUGUCAGUUCUUCUCAAUUACCUUCUUCCUUCUUCAAGAGCUGGAACGCCGGCAACCUCAAGGUGUACAACCCCCGUAACUACCCCUCAAAACACACCACCUUCCAGUCCUACCUGCAGCCACCCGCCAACCACAAGUGCCCAGCCAAGUCCACUUCAGGGCAAGGAAUUGCUGGUGUCACCUGCCAGUGAUGAUAUUCCUUCAGUAAUAAUCCACCCACCUGAGGAGGACUUAGAAGUCCAGGAAAGCCAGGAAAAGAAGACAGAGGAAAAUAUUGACAAAACACCAGGGCUGUUAGCAUCUCCGCAGUCAGCACCUGGAAACUUAGACACUGGGAAAAGUGGAGAUGUUAAAGGUACUGGGACAGGAGGAAGCAGAGAAAACAGCACGGUUGAUUUUAGUAAGGAGUCAGCCUCCUGGCACUGUAGUUGUGGCACACUUGGUGUGGGACUCAAGAGGCCAUCUGUUGAUAUGAACUUCAUGAGGAAAAUUCCUUCAGGAGCAGAAGCAUCAAAUGUGUUAGUGGGAGAAGUAGAUUUUUUAGAAAGACCUAUUAUUGCUUUUGUGAGGCUCUCCCCUGCUGUGCUUCUCUCAGGCCUCACAGAGGUUCCGGUUCCUACACGGUUUUUGUUUUUAUUGCUGGGACCAGCAGGAAAAGCUCCACAGUACCAUGAAAUUGGAAGAUCAAUAGCAACACUUAUGACAGAUGAUGUUUUCCACGAUGUUGCCUAUAAAGCAAAAGACCGAAAUGAUUUGUUGUCAGGAAUUGAUGAAUUUUUAGAUCAAGUGACAGUCCUGCCUCCAGGAGAAUGGGAUCCCUCUAUACGAAUUGAGCCACCAAAAAGUGUUCCUUCCCAGGAGAAAAGGAAGGUACCUAAAUUUCCAAAUGGAUCUACUCCUACAGGAGAGACUCUCAAAGAAGAAGGCCAUCAUGCUGGACCUGAACUUGAGAGAACUGGAAGGCUUUUUGGUGGUUUGAUACUUGACAUCCAAAGGAAAGCACCUUUUUUCUUGAGUGACUUCAAGGAUGCAUUAAGCCUGCAGUGCCUGGCCUCGAUUCUUUUCCUAUACUGUGCCUGUAUGUCUCCUGUAAUCACUUUUGGAGGGCUCCUGGGAGAAGCUACACAAGGCAGAAUAAGUGCAAUAGAGUCUCUCUUUGGAGCCUCAUUAACUGGGAUUGCCUAUUCUCUCUUUGCUGGGCAACCUCUUACUAUUUUGGGGAGCACCGGACCAGUUCUAGUAUUUGAAAAAAUAUUAUUUAAAUUUUGCAGGGAUUAUGGUCUUUCCUACCUCUCCCUGCGAACUAGCAUUGGUCUGUGGACAGCAUUUUUAUGCAUAGUGCUUGUAGCCACAGAUGCCAGCAGUCUUGUGUGUUACAUCACUCGAUUUACUGAGGAAGCUUUUGCAGCGCUUAUAUGCAUCAUAUUUAUUUAUGAGGCAUUGGAAAAGCUUUUUCAUUUGGGAGAAGUGUAUGCCUUCAAUAUGCACAAUGAUUUGGAUAAACUGACUUUAUAUUCAUGUGUUUGUUCUGAGCCUGAGAAACCCAGCAAUGAAACUUUGCACCUGUGGAGGAGUAUGAAUAAGUCUGUGGAAAAUAUAGUAUGGAGUAACCUUACAGUUUCUGAAUGUUUAGAAUUUCAUGGUGUGUUUCGUGGAUCAGCUUGUGGCCGUCAUGGACCAUAUAUUCCAGAUGUUCUCUUCUGGUCUGUCAUAUUAUUCUUUACAACAUUUUUCCUCUCCUCUUUCCUUAAGCAAUUCAAGACCAAACGCUAUUUCCCAACUAAGGUGCGUUCUACCAUUAGUGAUUUUGCAGUAUUUCUGACCAUAGUAAUCAUGGUUUUGAUUGACUAUCUUGUAGGAGUACCUUCUCCUAAGCUUCAUGUUCCAGAGAAAUUUGAACCCACCCGAAAAGACCGAGGAUGGUUCAUAGAUCCUCUUGGAAGCAAUCCUUGGUGGACACUCUUGAUAGCUGCUGUUCCUGCUUUACUCUGUACCAUUCUCAUUUUCAUGGAUCAACAAAUAACAGCUGUUAUUAUAAACAGGAAAGAGCAUAAGCUGAAGAAAGGCUGUGGUUAUCAUCUUGAUCUGCUCAUGGUUGGUGUUAUGUUGGGGAUAUGUUCUAUCAUGGGCUUACCGUGGUUUGUUGCUGCAACUGUCUUGUCUAUAAGUCACGUUAAUAGCCUGAAAGUUGAAUCUGAAUGCUCAGCACCAGGAGAGCAACCAAAGUUUUUGGGAAUCCGGGAGCAGCGAGUGACAGGAUUGAUGAUUUUUGUCCUGAUGGGGCUGUCAGUGUUUAUGACCUCUGUUUUAAAGUUUAUUCCAAUGCCAGUUUUGUAUGGUGUCUUCCUUUACAUGGGAGUGUCUUCAUUAAAAGGCAUUCAGUUUUUUGACCGUAUAAAACUGUUUGGAAUGCCUGCCAAACAUCAACCUGACCUGAUUUAUCUACGUUAUGUGCCACUCUGGAAGGUCCAUAUCUUUACAGUUGUUCAGCUCACUUGUCUAGUUCUGUUGUGGGUGAUUAAAGCCUCUGCAGCUGCUGUUGUUUUCCCUAUGAUGGUUUUAGCAUUAGUGUUCAUUCGCAAGCUCAUGGAUUUAUGUUUCACCAAAAGAGAGCUUAGCUGGCUUGAUGAUCUUAUGCCAGAAAGUAAAAAGAAGAAAGAAGAUGACAAAAAGAAAAAAGAGAAAGCAGAAGCAGAGAGAAUGCUUCAGACAGGUGAUAAUGAAAGUGUGCACCUUGCAUAUGGAGAAGCAAAUCUGGAUUUUCCUGUAAAAACCCUAAAAUACAGUGUUGAUCCCUCAGUUGUAAACAUAUCAGACGAAAUGGCCAAAACUGCACAGUGGAAGGCUCUUGCCAUGAGUACUGAGAAUGCCAAAGUAACCAGAGCUAACCUGAGCCCUGAAAAACCAGAAAGUGUGAAAAUAAAUGUGGAAGAUUCACCUGUUGUGAAAUACGUGGAUGCUGAAACAUCUUUAUAGAACUGAACCAAGGGGAAUUGCGUGUAUUUGUGUGUGUGUAUAUAUCACUGUAGGAUAUUAUACCAUGGAAGUGUGAUUUCCAGUUUAAGGAGCAACAUGUAUUUAAUUCUGCCAUUGUUUAGGGCACUGUAGAUAUGCUUGCAUAAUGAGAAGAUUUUCCUACAAAUAAGAUGAGUGGUAAUCACACUUCAGCUAUUUAUUUUAUUGGAAAUUUUAUUUUCAUUUUUAAAUAGGAAGAUUGUAAUGAAUGCAUAUUAUUUUCAAUAAUCAAUAUGUUCAUAAAAGUUAAAUCAGCUUUUGCUGAUGAUUACUGGUCCACAUUGCUUAAAAUUUUGCAAUACCUCUGUUUAUAAUGUGCGCUGCAGAAGUUUGUUUUCCAUGCAGGCAAUUACUGCUUGUUUUUGCAGGGUAUACCUUUUUUGUGAUUUCAUAGAACAAAUGUUAAUGUGCUGUUGUUGAUAAGAACUACUGUGUUUUAUGUCUCCACUACAUGCUAGUGUUUUCUGGAUUCUGUCUCUCCUAUUUUACAGAAGUGGCCUAGAGCCCUAAGUCAGGUGGUUAGUUAAUUGUUAAAAUAUAAAUACCAUGUUCUGCUACUUUUUUUUUUGUUUGUUUGUUUUGUUUUGUUUUUUAAUUCACUCUUGAUUUUUCAUUAUUGUCCAGUAGCAGUGUGAGUGCAGUAAUUGCAGUUACAGUCCCAAGUCAGUAUUUGCCAUUCUGGACACUCCAUGUUUACACAAUAUAAAUUGGAUUUACAGACAGCAAUUUGGUCUAUAGAAGUUAUGCAUACUUACCACACUAGGACUCUUGAACUCUUUUGUUCCUGUUUUUACUUAGUUUUUUCCAUCAACUUUCACCGUCUGAUUUAUUCAGCUGUAAGACUGAAACUUUAGACUAUUUCAUGUCCUCAUUAACUAUAUUUUUUGCUUUAAUUUUUAAAUUUACUAUGUAUUUGAUUAAAUUAGCGGUAGUUUAAUUCUGUAAUAGGUUUAUGAUCAGUAUUAUUUUAUGGAUUACAGAUUGCUUGUAGUAUUUGUGUGUACAGUUCUGAUCCUCUCCAUUGUAAAGGGCAUAUGUGAUAGCACACCAACUUAUUUUUAAACAUUUUAUUUAUUUUAAUUAGUAUAAAUUUCUAUCAUGUAAGAUUAAUUGAAAAAGUAAAUAUUCAUUUAUUAAAGUAAAUGGGAUUUUUGAGGGGGCUCGCUGGUAAAGAUGCAGUCAGUGCAUUUAUUGUAUUUACAUUUUCAAGUUCUAGUGUUUAGCUUUACAAUAUUUGAAAUAAUGAGAAUUUUAUGUAUAAAUGAAAAUCUUGAUCACUUACCUGCGCAAUUUCCAUUAUUAAUAUUUUUUUGCCUUACGCAUUAGUUUUUUGGCUUUAGUUUCUGAAAUGAUCUCUUUACAUUCUGAAUUGCCACUAGCCCUUUCUGGAUGUUUUACAGUGGCUUUAGUUAGAAUCUGUGCUCAUUUAAAAAUGGAAGAUGCUGUUUGCUUGAUUCUGCUUUUGGCAAAGUUGGGAGUUUUACCAUGGACCACGUGAUAAAAUUCUCAACAACUGCAAAAGAUGCUAAUUCUGGAGAAGGGCAAAGUUUAUCUGAAAAUACCACUUGAGGUGGAAUUUUGGUGUUCUUCAGCCAAGUGUCACUUGGAGAGAAGAUAAUUGUAUAUUACAAAAAUAAAGCAAUCAGUAGGAAUAAAUAGAAUAAUUUAAAAAUAGCAUUUAGGUUACAUGGACUGUUACCAUUCCCUUUAAACAUAAAUUAAGUAAUGUUUUUCUCUCCCCCCCCCCCACCCCCCCCCCCACCUUUUUUUUUUUAAUUCUUUUGGCUGAAUUCCGAGAAGACAGUUUAAAGAAAGUAAAUCAUAGUGUACAGCAAUACAAGUAAUGGUAUCCAAACUGUCAUAACAAAGGCUCAGGUCAGUGGCAAAGCAAGUGAGGUCUGCAUUACCCAUUUGACCUAUACCGUGUAAUGACCUGUAUAGAUGUUCCUUUAUUCUUAGAUAAUAGUGUAGCUUGUGCCUUAGCUUGAGUAUGUGCUCUUUCAGAAGAUACCCUUGUUUUCCCUCAAGUCAAACUGAGAUAUGAUGAAACUAUAGCAGAUGGUUUCCCAAAACUUU